UUAAAAUUAUUCGGUGAACUGCUUUCAUUUAAAGUUGAACCUUCGGGAAAGUAGUGUCGUCAAUUGCUGCUACUGGUUAGCCGUUAGCCCUAUUUUUCUUUUUGUGGUUCGGGAAUCCUACCAGGGCGCAGGAAAGCUAGAAUGGUCCAGCAAAAGGCGGACUAGCCAGAGCUACGCCAGCCAGUAGCAUACCGGCAGAAAUCAUGAUAUUUCUUAUGCUGACGGGUAUCGUUUUGUUUGCGUACAUUUUUCUGGACAGCUGGUGGUUUACCGGCACCGAAAACUCUCAAUCUGCUGAAGUACCGAAGUCAGCGAAAACCGACCUCGAAGGGUGCGAUAAUGAUAGGGCUCGAAUUAGUGAUAGCAGUGAAUCGGCAGCCGAAAGCUGCGACACAGAACCACCCGUGGUUUCGAAGGGUCUGCAGCGUACCAGUGCUGGUCUAACGAACGGCAAUCUAAUCUCCCCGGACGCGCCAGCAAUCGAUGCUGUAGUGCAGCAGAUAAAACGAGUUUCCUUUUCGAAUGCUAACCACAUCAUCGAAGAUUCGGAACCCAGUGAUAAACCAGUGAACGGCGGAAGCAUCGCGGAUUCGGUCAACCGAAAUACCAUCAACGGAACCAACGGUAUGGAGUCUGGCGAGGGCGGCGGAGGUGACAGGCCAAGCUUCACCUUGGGCGAGGACGGGCAGCUAGACGAGGCAGAAGCCAAAGAUGAGUUCCCGCAAAGCCUGGAAAAUGGUUCGCAGCCGCACGUGCAUUACGAUGCGAAUCUGACCGAAAGACGGCGGAGGCUGAGGCCUAGUAUGUCCCAUGGCACCGGUUUGGGAUCGGAUCGGGGACAUGAUCGAGAUUUCGUACUCUCAACCACCGAAGAGUUCGUGAAAAAGUUCAACGGAACACGUGCGAUCAACAAGGUCCUCAUCGCCAACAAUGGUAUCGCGGCAGUCAAGUGUAUGCGCUCGGUGCGUCGCUGGUCCUACGAGAUGUUCAAGAACGAGCGGGCGGUGCGCUUCGUGGUUAUGGUCACCCCGGAGGAUCUCAAGGCCAAUGCCGAGUACAUCAAGAUGGCCGACCACUACGUGCCGGUUCCGGGCGGUUCCAACAACAACAACUACGCCAACGUGGAGUUGAUCGUGGACAUUGCCCUGCGAACCCAGGUGCAGGCAGUGUGGGCAGGUUGGGGUCAUGCUUCCGAGAACCCGAAGCUACCGGAACUGCUGCACAAGAAAGGGCUGGUAUUCCUGGGGCCACCGGACCGGGCUAUGUGGGCCCUCGGUGAUAAGGUGGCGUCAUCGAUCGUAGCACAGACUGCAGACAUUCCAACAUUGCCUUGGUCUGGUUCCGAACUGAAGGCACAGUACAGUGGCAAGAAGAUUAAAAUUUCUAGCGAACUAUUUGCGCGAGGAUGUGUUACGACCUCUGAACAAGGUUUGACGGCAGCUGCCAGGAUUGGAUUUCCUGUGAUGAUCAAAGCUUCUGAAGGAGGUGGUGGCAAGGGUAUUCGGCGGGUAGAUAACCCAGACGAGUUCCCCGCUUUGUUCCGGCAGGUACAAGCUGAAGUUCCGGGGUCCCCAAUCUUUGUGAUGAAGCUGGCACGAGGGGCUAGGCAUUUAGAAGUUCAAUUGUUGGCCGAUCAGUACGGCAACGCAAUCAGCUUGUUCGGACGUGAUUGUUCGAUUCAACGACGUCAUCAGAAAAUCAUCGAAGAGGCACCUGCAAUCAUAGCGGAACCGGAUGUGUUCGAAGACAUGGAAAAGGCAGCUGUUCGUUUAGCUAAAAUGGUUGGCUACGUGAGCGCGGGUACAGUUGAGUAUCUGUACGAUUCCGAAGGGAGAUAUUAUUUCCUGGAGUUGAAUCCUCGCUUGCAGGUGGAGCACCCCUGUACAGAAAUGGUAGCCGAAGUGAAUUUGCCAGCUUGUCAGCUACAAAUCGGUAUGGGUAUACCGCUGUAUCGCAUAAAAGAUAUCCGGUUACUAUACGGAGAGCAUGCUUGGGGAUCAUCGGUAAUUGAUUUCGAUGACCCGAAUACCAGACCGCGACCGCGCGGCCAUGUUAUAGCAGCACGUAUCACAUCAGAAAACCCAGAUGAAGGUUUUAAACCUAGCUCAGGAACAGUUCAGGAGUUAAACUUCCGUUCCAGCCAGAACGUGUGGGGUUAUUUCAGUGUUGCUGCUUCAGGAGGGCUGCACGAGUUUGCAGAUUCUCAAUUUGGCCAUUGCUUCUCUUGGGGUGAAAAUCGACAAAUGGCUCGCGAAAAUUUGGUUAUUGCUCUCAAAGAACUGUCUAUUCGUGGUGAUUUCCGUACUACUGUUGAAUAUUUGAUUACCCUGUUGGAGACGAAUAGCUUCUUGGAGAACACUAUCGAUACGGCCUGGUUGGAUGCGCUCAUCGCGGAACGAGUAAAAUCAGACAAACCUGAUAUUAUACUCGGAGUUAUUUGUGGUGCUCUUCACAUUUCAGAUCGCAAAAUCACGGAAGCUUUCACUAGCUUUAAAACGUCUAUGGAAAAGGGUCAAAUUCAAGCUGCUAAUACGCUUACCAACGUGGUCGAUGUAGAGCUGAUAUCCGAAGGAAUCCGGUAUAAGGUGCAAGCAGCCAAGAGUGGUCCCAACACCUACUUCCUGGUGAUGAAUGGUGCCUUCAAGGAAGUGGAACUUCACCGUUUAUCUGACGGAGGUAUGUUGAUUUCACUGGAAGGUUCCAGUUAUACUACGUACAUGAAGGAAGAAGUCGACCGAUAUCGCAUUGUCAUCGGAAAUCAAACGUGUGUGUUUGAAAAAGAAAAUGAUCCAUCUAUUCUGAGAUCACCGUCAGCCGGAAAGUUGAUCAACUUACUCAUCGAAGAUGGAGCACAUGUUAACAAGGGUCAACCAUAUGCGGAAAUUGAGGUGAUGAAAAUGGUUAUGACAUUGACAGCUUCUGAAACUGGAACCGUUUCGUUCGUUCGGCGCCCUGGUGCGGUACUCGACGCGGGUUCAUUAAUCGGUCAUCUUGAACUUGAUGAUCCUUCUCUUGUGACAAAAGCUCAACCGUACAAAAAUCCUUGGCCGCUGGCUGGAGACACUGUUCAGUUACCAGAGAAACUCAAUCGAGUGCACUCGGGCUACAAAGUUAUCUUGGAGAAUACUUUGGCUGGAUACUGCCUGCCCGAUCCUUACAAUGCUCCUCGACUUAGAGAAAUCAUCGAAAAGUUCAUGCAAAGCUUGCGUGAUCCGUCGCUGCCAUUGCUGGAGCUGCAGGAGGUGAUUGCUUCAAUUUCUGGAAGAAUUCCACUUUCGGUUGAAAAAAAGAUUCGAAAAUUGAUGCAGCUUUACGAACGAAACAUCACCAGUGUACUGGCUCAGUUCCCAUCGCAACAAAUAGCCUCCGUUAUAGAUAUGCAUGCAGCUACUCUUCAGAAGAGAACUGAUCGCGAUGUAUUCUUCCUCACAACUCAGGGAAUUGUACAGCUGGUGCAACGCUACCGCAACGGAAUUCGUGGAAGAAUGAAGGCUGCCGUACAUGAACUGCUACGUCAAUACUAUGCCGUUGAAUCUCAAUUCCAGCAUGGACACUACGACAAAUGCGUUGCCAAUAUCCGAGAGAAGUAUAAGGACAACAUGGACACCGUUGUUAGCAACAUUUUCUCUCAUAGCCAAGUCGCCAAGAAGAACUUGUUGGUCACGCUUCUGAUUGACCAUCUCUGGGCUAAUGAGCCGGGGCUUACUGAUGAACUUGCCGCCACUUUGAGCGAACUGACAUCAUUGAACAGAGCUGAACAUUCGAGAGUCGCUCUACGUGCCAGACAAGUUUUGAUUGCCGCCCAUCAACCGGCCUAUGAACUUCGCCACAAUCAGAUGGAAUCGAUUUUCCUUUCGGCGGUUGACAUGUAUGGACAUGACUUCCAUCCGGAAAAUCUGCAACGCCUCAUCUUAUCGGAAACAUCGAUCUUUGACAUUCUGCAUGAUUUCUUCUACCACUCGAAUCGUGCCGUUUGUAACGCAGCUCUUGAAGUUUAUGUACGCCGUGCCUAUACUUCAUAUGAUCUAACCUGUCUACAACAUCUGGAAUUAUCGGGGGAGGUACCCUUGGUUCAUUUCCAGUUUCUGCUACCGACUGCGCAUCCCAAUCGUUACAAGCUUCUUCCCGAUGGCACCGAAACGGACAACAUUGUGGAUUCGUUCAUGCGAACUGGAUGCAUGGCGGCAUUUGAUUCGUUCGAACAUUUCACUCAGUACUCGGACGAAAUUUUGGAUCUGCUGGAGGACUUUGCGUCCCCUGCGUUCGUCAAUCCUAAAGUGCUGGAGGCUGUCGAAACGGGUGAUUCCGAUCGGCGCAUGAGCACCUCGAUCAACGUUUCCAUUUCGGAUCCGAUCUCGCGGGCAGCUGAAACCGACGGAGCUGCAAGUCAUCCAUCGGAAGCGAUUCAUAUACUGAGCAUUGCAGUUCGCGACAUGGGCGAUAUGGAUGAUCUUCAAAUGGAGCAAGUGUUCGGUUCGUUCUGCGCACAGCACCGUGAAGAGCUGAUGAGUCGUCGAGUUCGUCGGAUCACUUUCGCUGCAUUGAAAAAGCGUCAAUUCCCGAAAUUCUUUACUUAUCGUGCCCGUGACAACUUCGAGGAAGAUAGAAUCUAUCGUCAUUUGGAACCGGCGUGUGCCUUCCAACUUGAGCUGAAUCGUAUGAGAACUUACGAACUGGAAGCUUUGCCAACGGCUAAUCAAAAGAUGCACUUGUACCUGGGCCGUGCUAAGGUUCCCAAAGGUCAGGAAGUAACUGAUUAUCGUUUCUUCAUCCGAUCCAUCAUUCGUCAUUCGGAUUUGAUCACGAAAGAAGCUUCGUUUGAAUACCUUCAGAACGAGGGCGAACGUGUUUUGCUGGAGGCGAUGGACGAACUGGAAGUGGCCUUCUCGCAUCCACAGGCUAAACGGACAGAUUGUAACCAUAUUUUCCUGAACUUCGUUCCAACCGUCAUAAUGGAUCCUGCUAAGAUCGAAGAAUCCGUCACCAAGAUGGUCAUGCGCUACGGACCACGAUUGUGGAAGCUUCGGGUGCUGCAAGCUGAGCUUAAGAUGGUGAUUCGUCAGACUACCCAAUCGCCAACUACCUCAGUCCGCCUUUGUAUCGCCAAUGAUUCAGGGUACUUUUUAGAUAUUGCCAUGUACACCGAAGUGACCGAUCCAGAAUCGCAUGUGAUUAAAUUCCAAGCCUAUGGCAGUCGCCAGGGUCCCCUACAUAUGCUGCCGAUUUCCUCUCCCUACAUGACCAAAGAUUAUCUGCAACAGAAACGAUUCCAGGCUCAAUCUAACGGAACGACCUAUGUGUACGAUAUACCGGAUAUGUUCCGUCAAAUGACCGAACGUUUGUGGAAGGAAUUUUCCAAAGCACGACCGACCGUGGACGUCCGUAUUCCUGAGAAAAUUCUUCUUGUUUGCAAUGAGCUGGUGUUGAAAGGAGACACUAUAGAAGAAAUUCAACGAUUACCCGGAGAGAACAACGUAGGCAUGGUAGCGUGGCGGAUCGUAUUGGCUACCCCUGAGUUCCCGGAUGGUCGCGAAAUUGUCGUUAUUGCUAACGAUUUAACUUAUUUCAUUGGUUCUUUCGGACCACAAGAAGAUCUGUUGUUCUGUAAGGCGUCGGAAUUGUCUCGUCAACGAAAGUGUCCACGUAUAUAUAUCUCAGUGAACAGUGGUGCUCGUAUUGGAUUGGCUGAAGAAGUGAAGUCUCUUUUCAAGGUAGCUUGGGAAGAUCCUGACGAACCGGAGAAAGGUUUCAAGUAUCUGUACCUGACGACAGAAGAUUAUAGCAAAAUUGCUAACUUGAAUUCUGUGCGUGCUAUUCUGAUUGAAGAUGAAGGAGAGCCUCGUUAUAAAAUUACUGACAUUAUCGGUAAAACCGAUGGAUUGGGAGUUGAAAAUUUGCGGUUUGCUGGUAUGAUUGCUGGGGAAACUUCCAGAGCUUACGAGGAUGUAGUUACAAUUUCGAUGGUUACGUGCCGAACAAUCGGUAUUGGUUCUUAUUUGGUCCGACUGGGUCAACGUGUCAUUCAGAUCGACAACUCACACAUUAUCCUCACCGGGUUCGCUGCUUUGAACAAACUUCUUGGCAGGAAGGUUUAUGCCUCAAAUAAUCAACUGGGAGGAAUUCAGAUUAUGCACAACAACGGCGUCACGCACAAGACGGAAGCAUUGGAUUUGGAUGGUGUCUACACAAUACUCUAUUGGCUCUCUUACAUUCCUGAUGUUCGUGGUGGAAUUCUACCUAUCGUUCCAGCGAGCGAUGCCAUUGAUCGUCCAAUUGAUUUCAUGCCAACCAAAGCACCUUAUGAUCCUCGGUGGAUGCUAUCCGGUCGAGUAAACCCAGCAAAUCCCUCGGAAUGGGAAACGGGAUUCUUUGAUCGCGGCACCUGGUCGGAAAUCAUGGAACCAUGGGCACAAACCGUAGUGGUUGGACGAGCGAAGCUUGGUGGCAUUCCUGUUGGUGUUAUAGCAGUUGAAACUCGUACCGUUGAGCUAACUAUUCCGGCAGAUCCAGCCAAUCUCGACUCGGAAGCUAAAACAUUCCAACAGGCUGGUCAGGUAUGGUUCCCUGACUCAUCCUACAAAACCGCACAGGCCAUCAAGGACUUUGGACGCGAAGAACUUCCCUUGAUCAUCUUAGCUAACUGGAGAGGUUUCUCCGGUGGCCAGAAAGAUAUGUAUGAACAGAUUGUCAAAUUUGGAGCCUACAUAGUGGAUGGCUUAAGAGAGUAUACUCAACCCGUGAUCGUUUAUUUGCCACCGAAUGCCGAACUUCGUGGAGGAGCCUGGGCCGUACUGGAUCCCACCAUCAACCCCCGAUACAUGGAAACAUACGCUGAUCCGGAAUCACGUGCCGGUGUCCUGGAGCCAGAAGGUAUCGUCGAAGUUAAGUUCAAGGAAAAAGAUCUGGUCAAAACUAUUCAACGAUUGGACCCCGUUAUUUUGGACCUUCAGAGACGCUUGGCAGAAUCAGCUGGAAACAAGGAAGCUCAGACCGAUUUGGAAAACAAGAUUAAGGCCAGGAUGAAUGCGUUGCUUCAUGUGUACCACACGGUGGCAGUGCACUUUGCCGAUUUACACGAUACCCCGGAACGAAUGCUCGAGAAAGGAUGUAUCAACGAAGUUGUACCCUGGAGAAGUUCCCGUAACUACUUCUACUGGCGGCUGCGAAGGUUGCUGCUGGAGGAACACUUCAUCAAGCAAAUUCUCGGUGCGCAAGAUAGUCUGUCGGUUGGCCAGGCUAAAUCAAUGUUGCGGCGGUGGUUCGUGGAGGACAAGGGAGCAACCGAGGCUUAUCUAUGGGAAAAUAAUGAACCGGUUGUAGAAUGGUUAGAAAAUCAGAAAAAGAGUGAUUCUACCGUCAGUCGGAAUAUCUACGCCGUUAAGAAAGAUGCAAUAAUCUCACAAAUUCAGAAGGCACUUGAGGAAUGCCCGGAAGCUGCUCUGGAUGCGGUGGUAGGUUUGUGCCAGGCCCUGUCUCCUGCCCACCGCGGCGAGGUGGUGAAAACCCUCGCGCAGCUUGAGUUCACCGAGAAGGACGCUAGCAUGGGAUGAUCGUGGUACGCGCCAAGUGGUAGAAAGUAGCGCCCUGGAGGCGCUUCUGGCUACAGUGGAAACAAAAAGUCCAAACGCCGAAAGCAGUGAACGCUAAACGAGUUUAAGAAAAUUUACCCUUCCAAUUUCAAACCAAAAAAUCUAAAAAAAAAAUCGCUAAAUCUAAACAUCCCACACACAAACGUGCAGUCAAAAAAUCCCGUGGAUGGUCUUCAUCAUUUUAAGCUACUUUAUAUGUUUUAUAUGACCAUUAUAUUGUGAAAAGCAGCACGCUUCGGUCAGAACAAAUCGUUUGCUCUGUUAGUUUUGUUUCCGCGAGAAGCUUGUUUAGAUUGUGCUUGUUCAGCACAGUUUUUCUAUUGUUCAUAUCCUUCAAACUACUCCAAAAAACUACGCUUGAAGAUGUGAAUUAAAACACAAAAUCCAUUUCUAAUUAUAUUAGAAUGUUGUACUAGUUCGGACAGAAUAAAAAAAAGGAUUCCAUGUAGGCAUCUUUAGGUUAGAUAAUGUUGGUAUAUCUUGAUAUAGUUUUUUUGACAUCGUCCAUGAAUGGCAAAAGGUUUUUUUGUGGGUUCAACGCGUGUGAAAUAAAAUAUUUAAAUCAAUUGUAUCUAUUGACAAAACAUUGUGAACUCGUUGAAUAUUUUCUUAGGGAGUUUUUUUUUAACAUUUUCUGUGGUUGGCAACCCUACACCCCAUGUAGCUGAGCCGAAUGUUCGUUCAAUCCAAUAAUAUUUAAUUGUAGAGUAUACCAAGGAUAUCGGGUAAACGUUUAUAUAUUAUUAUUUCCGUAAAUGAUAGCUCUUAUAAAGGGAUAUUUGUUGUGUAGAUAUGUCGAAAAGCUAUAAACAAAAAAUAGAGUUUAGUGAAAUCCAACAUGAAAACGUGCACCAAUCACAUUGAAACAAACAAAUAAAAAAAAACAGAAAACACUUCACGUAUGACGUUAAUAUGCCUCCUAGUGCUAAGCUAUAUUUUUGCAUCAAGUGCAUAGAUAAAAAUAAAAAAGAUUCAAUUAUAAAACAAACUGAAAUAAAAAUACAUCACCGAAUCCUCAACUAUUGUACAAAUCAAAAUGAGUUCUGGAAUCAAAUUUACGAAAUAAAUAUUCAAUAAUCGAAAAA